CCUUCCCUGGCCGACCGCGGGGAUGACUCCUUCCAGGCGCUUGGGCUGGAGCCGGCACUGGUGUCGGCCUUGCAGGCUCUCUCCAUCAGCCAGCCCACGGUCGUGCAGCGCCGCUCCAUCCCUGCCCUGCUGCGCGGGGGCAAUGCGCUGUGCGCUGCCGAGACGGGUAGCGGCAAGACUCUGGCCUACCUGCUCCCCCUAUUCCAGAAACUUCUGGCCCGGCCUUCACUGGGCCCAUCGUGGCCACCCUCCCCUCGUAGCCUAGUGCUGCUGCCUUCCCGGGAGCUGGCGGAGCAGGUGCGCACAGUGGCCGCAUCUCUGGGCCGUCCGCUGGGAUUACGGGUGCGGGAGAUUGGUGGCGGCCGGGGCAUGGCCAGUGUGAAAAACCAGCUCCGUUCCGAUCCUGAUGCUGAUUUGCUGGUGGCCACGCCUGGGGCUCUGUGCAAAGCACUGCGAAAGAGGAUGGUGAAACUGGAGAAGCUAUCCUGUCUGGUGCUGGAUGAGGCUGACACCUUGCUGGAUGUCACUUUCUUGGAUCUCGUGGAGGAAGUGCUUAUGCAAGCCCCUAUUGCCCACAGUCCCAAAGAGGUGGCUGGCCAGUGGGACACCAAAACCCAGCUAGUGAUCGUUGGGGCAACCUUCCCUGAUGGGCUAGGACAGCUGCUGAGCAAGUUCACCGACCUAGGCCGCUUCCUCACCCUCACCAGCAAGAACUUGCACCACCUCCUUCCCCAUGUCCAGCAGAAGUUCAUCCGCAUCAAAGGCAGCGACAAGGUGUCUGAGUUACUUCAGCUCAUCAAAAACCCUGGUCCGUCUAGUGGAGCCAUUCUCGUCUUUUGCAACAGUGCUAGCACAGUCAAUUGGUUAGGCUACAUCCUAGAUGACCACAAAAUCAAGCACCUGAGGCUACAGGGACAAAUGCCUGCAGCGAUGAGAGCAGGAAUUUUCACUACCUUCCAGAAGGGAGAAAGGAAUGUCCUUAUCUGCACUGACUUAGCCUCCCGUGGACUGGAUACCAGCCAUGUGGAGCUAAUAGUCAACUAUGACUUCCCUUCCACAUUACAGGACUAUCUCCAUCGUGUGGGGCGAGUUGGACGUGUGGGGAGCAAGGUGCCUGGGACAGUAGUUAGUUUUGUAACCUAUCGUUGGGAUGUUGAUCUGGUGCGGAAGAUAGAGACUGCAGCCCGGAGAAGGACUAGUCUCCCUGGAAUGAAGUCUGCCAUUAAGGAGCCUUUGCCUGAAACAGACCUGACUCAGGCUGACAAACAAUGAAAUUGUAAAGCCCAAAUUGGAUUUAGGGUGCCUUCUAUUGAAGGCCAAGUCUGCUAAACUUAAUUUUGUGAGUGAGAAUGGGCAAAGAAACAACAUAACGAGAGUGUUCCUGCUUGGUUAGUUACUGGCAGGUGCACACAUGCAUAUCCGGAUGAACUAAUACUUCAUGGUUUUCUAAAUCUCAAUAGAUGUAAUAAAAUCCACAACUAAUAAAUAAGUUUCCCUUCUGUUUA